CCUUGCUUGAAGUUGCCGUUGUAUUGAUUGCUUGGUGAAGUAUAUCAAGCAAACAAAGAAAAGAUGGCCGCUCCAGCAUCUGCCUAUAAGGAUAGGCAAUUCCUCGCUGUUAUUGGUGAUGAGGUGAGCUUCAAACUUACCCAAGCUGUUGUCAAUAUCGCUAAUCGGCCUUGUAGGAUUCCGUAACUGGAUUGUUGUUGGCAGGUAUUGGUGUACGAAAUACCCUAUUCCACUAUACGUUUACUGCUUGAAAGGGAGGUCACUGAUGUAGGUAUAGCAUGUCACCUCGCCACCGGACUCGCAGAAGAACUUCCUCGUUGUCGAUAGCAAGACCGAUAAUGCUGCCAUUGAGGAAGCCUUCGAGAGAUUCACAACUGAGAGGAAGGAUAUUGGUAUUCUCUUGAUCAACCAACAUGUAAGAUUAUUGUGAAAACUAGUGAUAGAGGCCACGAGACUAAGAGAAGUUCUGCAGAUUGCGGAACGUAUACGCCAUCGGGUUGAUACCUACACAGCCGCAUUCCCAGCAUUGCUGGAGAUACCUAGCAAGGACCACCCAUACGACCCAGAGAAGGAUAGUGUUCUGCGAAGAGUCCGAAGACUCUUUGGAGAGUGAGAGUUAGUACAGGCAAUUCUAGGAGGUGAUUACACGUUGUUGUCGGGGUUGUGUGUUUAUAUUGCUAGAGAGUUGGGCGUUUUCGAGGUUGACACUUGGAACGGGUUAUUUAUAUCAAACAAUGAAUACAAGAGCAUGCCAAUGUCACG